AUGAGCAAGGGAAGUAUGCAUUUUACAGGGAAAGGGUUUAGUCGAAAAAGAGCAUUUAUAGAUUAUGACGAUACGAGGGGAAAAGAGCUCGACGCCGGUAUGCCCUUGAGGGAAGACGAGGCAGAUAGCCAACAGCUGGCGGCACCGCCUAUAGAGAUGACAGAACCGGCAAUUCCAAUUGAAGAAAGUAACGAGUCUCUCUUACCACCUCCACCACAAGAGCGUCGGUACGAAAAGCGACGGAGAAACUACCCUAGCUACAUAGAAAGGUUGCAGCUACAAGUCGAAGAGCUAGAAUCUAGAAGUUAUCUUGAACCAUUAGAACAAUCCAAAUUGGAAAGUUUGCAAGACAAGUUAGAGUAUUUACAAAAUCAAAGGCCAGACGCACAAUAUCAAGUGCCUCAGCUGACAUUGAGUAAAGCCGAAUUAUUACAUGGUAAGCAGCAGCAGCAGCAGCAGAAGCAGCGGCAGCAACAACAACAGCAACAGCAACAGCAACUGUUCAGAACCGUCAACUGGGAAACAGAACAAUUUAACAGAGCUAAACAAUUACAUUUACAAACAGAUGAAAAGAUUCAUGUGAAUGAUGACAAGGAAUACGAGUACGUAUUUGAUGAAUCACAAUUUGUCAACUAUGAAGAGAACGAGAUAUUGUCAGGAGACGAGGUGGAGGAGAAUGGGGGGGAGGAGAAUGAGCAACAAGAAGUUGAUUUGCAAACAUCAGAACAAAAAGAUAUUGAACAAGUACAACAAAGUUUACCUGUUUUUAAAUACAAGCAAGAAUUUGUCAAAGUUAUUAAAGAGAAUCAAAUUGUGAUUAUUGUUGGAGAAACGGGGUCGGGUAAAACGACACAGUUACCACAAUAUUUAUAUGAAGCAGGGUAUUCGUAUAAAGAUACUAAAAAAAUAGGCUGUACUCAGCCUCGACGAGUUGCAGCUACUUCAGUAGCGCAACGGGUUGCACAGGAAAUGCACGUUCCCUUGGGUGAUAAAGUUGGCUAUACAGUUCGAUUUGAUGACAAGUCUAGUCGAAAUACCACAAUCAAGUAUUUGACUGACGGUAUGCUAUUGAGAGAAUUUUUAAACGACCCGCAUUUAAGUUCAUAUGGAGCGAUUAUGAUUGAUGAAGCACACGAAAGAACGUUAUCAACAGAGCUUUUGCUAAGCUUGCUAAAGGACUUGACAAGUUCUGCUCGAAAGGAUUUGAAAGUCAUCAUUGCAAGUGCUACAAUAAAUGCUACUAAAUUCUCCGAUUUUUUCAACAAGGCACCGAUUUUGAAUAUUCCCGGAAGGAGGUUUCCUGUUAAGAUCCACUACACAAAGCAGCCUGAAGCUAACUACAUACAAGCUAUAAUCAUCACUAUUUUCCAAAUUCAUUUGACCCAACCUUUACCGGGGGAUAUUUUAGUUUUUCUUACGGGACAAGAAGAGAUUGAAAAAUUAGAACAACAGAUUCAAGAAUCUAUCACCAAAUUAGGCGGCCAAUUAAAGGAACAUGGUAAAUUGUUAGUUUGUAGUAUAUUUGCCAAUUUACCACCUGAGUAUCAGCAAAGAAUAUUUGAGCCAACACCUCCAUUUACUAGGAAAAUAGUCUUGGCCACGAAUAUUGCCGAGACAUCGAUUACCAUUCCUGGAGUUUCAUAUGUUAUAGAUCCCGGCUAUGUCAAGCAAACUGAAUUUAACCCACAAACAGGAAUGGAAAGUCUUUUAGUUGUGCCAUGCUCCAAGGCCAAUUGUGAUCAAAGAGCUGGUCGUGCGGGUAGAGUUGGACCCGGAAAAUGCUUUAGAAUAUUUACCAAGCAUUCAUUUGACAAUGAAAUGGAAUUGAAUAUGAAACCCGAGAUCAAGAGGACCAAUUUAAAUUCGGUUGUAUUAUUGUUAUUAUCACUUGGUAUUAAUGAUUUAAUCAAGUUUCCAUUUUUGGAUCCCCCUAAAAAACAAAGUCUCAUCAAGUCAUUGAAUUUGUUGUAUUCGUUAGGAGCCUUAAAUUCCAAGGGGAUGUUAACUAAGACAGGGUUGAAAAUGAGUGAAUUUCCUUUAGAUCCAACAUAUACCAAGUGCAUAUUAACGAGUGAACAGUUUGGUAUAAGUAAACAAAUUUGUAUUAUAAUAGCUAUGUUGAUAGAAUCAUCUAAUUUGUAUUACAUACCAAAGAAACUUGAUCGUGAAGUGGUGGAUAAGAGACAUGAAGAGUUUAUUGAUGUACAAGGGGAUCACCUAACUUUGUUGAAUAUUUAUAAGAAGUGGGAAACGGUUGGUGGAUACAGUAGCCAAUGGUGUCAAGAUUAUUUUAUCCAAUACAAGACAAUGAGAAGAGUUCGUAAUAUAUAUGAACAGUUGAUCAAGAUAUGUCGAAAGAUUGGCAUUCAGUUUGGAGGGGAAGGGGAAGAGAAGGAAACUUCAAACGAUAGUAUGCUUAUUCAAAAGUGUUUACUAAGUGGAUUUUUCAAUAAUAUAGUAAAACUAUCGCCGAUGGGAGAUUGUUAUCAGAGUGUUCAUAGCUACAAGAACAAGAUACCUUGUUUUAUUCAUCCUUCAUCUACGUUAUACAAGAGGAAAAAUCCAAAACCCAGAUUUAUGAUGUACUAUGAAUUAGUAUUGACAAGCAAAGAAUAUAUGAGAAACUGUUUGAUUAUGGAUGAUAGACUUGUCAAGGAUAUUGUUAAAGGAGCUACAUAG